AUGGCUUUGAAGCGUAUCAACAAGGAGCUCGCCGACCUGGGUCGCGACCCUCCUUCUUCGUGCUCAGCCGGCCCCACGGGUGACAACAUGUUCCAGUGGCAAGCCACGAUCAUGGGUCCUGGUGACUCUCCCUUUUCCGGAGGAGUAUUCUUCCUCAACAUCACCUUCCCAACCGACUACCCCUUCAAGCCGCCCAAGGUCUCCUUUUCGACGAAGAUCUACCACCCGAACAUCAACUCCAAUGGUUCCAUCUGUCUCGACAUUCUGCGAGACCAGUGGAGCCCGGCCCUCACCAUCAGCAAGGUGCUGCUCAGCAUCUGCUCGAUGUUGACUGACCCGAACCCGGACGACCCGCUUGUGCCGGACAUUGCGCACUUGUACAAGACGGAUAGGGCCAGGUAUGAGAGUACCGCGAGGGAGUGGACGAGGAAGUACGCUAUGUAG